AUGGGACAAAUAUCAUCAAAAGAAGACGAAAUAGAAAAACAAAAUAUCUAUGCUACCUAUCCAGGUCUUGAACAACAACUAGACAUGGUUUUUGCAUGUCAUGAUAUAUCCAAGCAGGGAAAAUUACCGUACAAAACUGUAGAAAUGAUACUAAGACAUUUUUUAAUGCAAUGUGGUUUUAUGGAAUAUGUCUGUAGAUUUGUUGACGAAAAUGGAACGCUUGAUUUGAAACAUGUAUCCAAUUAUUUGAGCAUAAAAAAAUUAAUGUACAAAUUAAAAUGUUGUGGAGAAAGCAUGCUGACACUUGAUGAAAUGAAAGAACUAGUAAUAAUAUUCUUAAAGAAAAUAUCAGACACCUAUACGGAAGAUCAAACAAAAUGGCUAGAACAAAUGAAAUCAUCACAAGAACAACAAGGCAAGGCUUUAGAAGAAGCAAUGUAUAAAUAUGAAAAAAACAUUUUAUUUCAUCAUGCUGUAAAAGAACAACAAAUUCUUCAAAAUGAUAAAAAAUUAAAUGAAUGGAAUGAGAAUGUUGAAAAUGCAUACGAAGCACAACAAGAAAUAUUACGUCAAUUUGAAUCCAGCAGAAAAAGGAACAUAGAUAUAUCUUUAGAAAAAAAUAAUGAAUUAAUAAUAGCUAAAGAUUAUAUAGACAAAAUCAAAGAAGCUGCAACUGAUAAUAAAUAUGACAAUUCAAAAUGUUUUAUUUAUCCUGCUUCUUCUGCUCCAUGUGGUGCUUGUACCUCAGCAGGGGCAAUAAUUCAUCAUAGGCGAUAUAAAGAGCCAAGGCGAAAAAAAGAAUAUUCUCUAUGCUUAUAA